AUGGUGGAUUGCCUUCUCAUAACCUUGAAAGAUUUUGCUAGCCAAGGUCAUUUAUCUAAAGCCUUCAAAACUUUUACUCUUAUUCGAAAUCAUGCCUAUGCGUCUGCUGCUUGUGAUGUUAUUGUACACUCAUUAUCCUCUCUUUUGUUGUCUUGCACCAACCUCAAGUUGCUUUCAGAAGGAAAACAACUUCAUACUCAAGUUAUUACUUGGGGUCUUCACAAAAACCAUGCAUUGGUUCCCAAACUCGUUACGUUUUACACAGCUUUUAAUUUUCUAGAUGAAGCACAUAUUAUAACUGUAGCUUCAAAUGUUCUGCAUCCUUUGCCUUGGAAUAUUCUUAUUUCUUCAUACGUUAGCAAAGGGCGUUUUAAGGAUGCUAUCUUUGCAUAUAAACAAAUGGUUUAUAAGGGAAGUAGACCUGAUAAUUUCACCUACCCAUCUGUUGUUAAGGCUUGUGGUGAGCAAUUAGAUAUUGGUUUUGGAAUGGAAGUUCAUAAUUCUAUUAAUGCUAGCGCUCUAGAGUGGAAUUUGUUUGUGCAGAAUGCUUUGGUGUCUAUGUAUGGGAAGUGCGGGGAAGUGGACACAGCCCGCAAUAUCUUUGACAAAAUGCCAGUUAAGGAUGAUGUUUCAUGGAACUCAAUUAUCUCAGGAUAUGCCUCCAAAGGGGAGUGGGUUGAGGCAUUUAAACUUUUUGAAAGUAUGCGGGCAUCUGGUGUGGAAUUCAACAUUAUAACAUGGAAUACCAUUGCUGGAGGUUUCUUGAGAACAGGUAACUAUGAGGGAGCACUCAAAUUGCUGUGCCAGAUGAGGAUGAAUGGCAAUCGCUUGGAUCCAGUGGCCAUGAUUAUCGGCUUAGGUGCAUGUUCUCGUAUUGGUGUACUGAAGCAAGGGAAAGAAAUUCAUGGAUUGGCAAUUCGUAUUUUUUUUGCUGAAUACAUUAAUGUAAAAAAUGCAUUAAUAAAUAUGUAUUCUCGGUGCGGGGACCUUAUGCAUGCAUACAUUUUGUUCCAAUCAGUAGAAGCUAAAAGUAUCAUCACCUGGAACUCCAUCAUAUCUGGUUAUGCACAGUGGGAUAGGUAUGAGGAAGCCUCCUUUAUAUUCAGAGAUAUGCUGCUUACUGACAUUGAGCCAAAUUAUGUGACCGUUGCCAGCAUUCUUCCUCUUUGUGCUCGUAUGGCACACCUGCAACACGGCAAAGAGUUCCACUGCUAUAUUACUAGACAUGAAAGGUUUAAGGAUUACCUGCUGAUAUGGAAUGCUCUUGUUGACAUGUAUUCAAGAUCCGGAUACUAUGUGUUGAUUGCUAACAUGUAUGCUGCUGCUGGUUCCUGGAGUAAACUGGCAGAAGUAAGGACCUUCAUGAGAGACUUGGGUGUGAGGAAAGAUCCUGGCUGUGCUUGGGUUGACAUUGGUUCUGGAUUUUCCCCAUUCUUGGUUGAAGAUACUUCCAACAGUCAAACAAAUGAAAUUUAUCAUUUGUUGGGGGGAUUGACUGAACAAAUUAAACACAUCAGUUAUGUAGCUCACGAGGCUUCUGCUUUGGAGGAUGAGUUUUUUGCUGAAUCACUUUUAUGA